GAACUUAAACUGCUCCAGCAAAGCUCUCAGGGGCUGGAGAAAGGCACAAAGGAACAUCCUGACGGCGGUCAACAUCUUAAGACUCGGUGGGCUGCAAUGGGAACAUUCCCAGUCGCUUUGCUGAUUUUUGCAGCUGUCCUGGAACAUGCUUUCUGUUUGUGGUGUUACACUUGCGACGAUCCCACCCAAAACUGUAUGACCGUCACCAACUGCUCAGUUCGUACAACCGCCUGCCUGACGAUGAUGCACCCAGUGGAUUCAGACCGGGGUUACCCCUUUUUCGGAAUCAUCGCGGGCACCAAAUCCUGCGCCGAAAAGUGCGCCCUGUUUGAUUCAGAUGAGACUGACGAUUGUUACCCGGUCUCCUGCUGUUACACCGACCUGUGCAACGAGGCUGGGCCAUCGCAGGCCGCUGCCGGCUUCUCCGUUAUGGGUUUUGCUUUGGUCUUUGCCCUCUUUGGGACUACCAUGUAAGGCCGAGGGAAGAAGACGGGGUCUGUUUUGUGCGCCGGCAUCCAGAAAAGAAAGCUAUUCCGACGGACAAACCGGAUCACACAGCAAUCCUUUCGAUAGAUUCCCCUGUGGGGACAGAAAAGCAAGGUCCACAUAGUCUUCUUCCGCACAUGCAGAAUAAUCCACUUUGAAUCCACUUUCACAAUUGUUUGCAAGUGGAUUUUGCUAUUCCGCACAGUAAAAUCCAGCCGCAAAAUGCAUUGAAAGUGGAUUGAAAGUGGAUUAUUCUGCAUAUGCGGAAGGGGCCAAAGACACAGCCAAAGAACGGAUAGGAAAACGAAGCCAUUGUUGGUAGCUAGAAGGUCCCCAUACCUUAUCGGCUCACUCGCUACAGCAUCUGUCUUCUUGCAGGUCUGUCUCACUAGCAGUGGUAUACAGACCCAAAAUGGAGCCUGGGGCAAGAAAUGAGUUUUCCGGGGAGCCCCCCGC